CAUAUCCUCAAUUUGAGCGCUCAAACGAUUAUAUGGGCCCGAGACAAGGACUCUUUUGAGAAUCAGGACGAGGACCUGAUAGCAGAAGAGCGUUUCCUCGAAGAGUGGCGCAAAUACGGCCCCAUUGGAGUCUUAUUUGACGUUAUUGCCUCAGUUAGUACGCCUCAAGCUCACCAGCUAUUU